AUGCCCCCGCCCAGAGACCACCGCUUCUCCCAGGCAGACCUCGACAAGCGGUACUAUCGCAGGUCCCUCGGCACAGACUUCCUCGACUUUCUCAUAGCUCUCAUACGACUCUCUGUCACUCCUAUAACAUUCUCCAUCCGAAUCAUGAGGCAAGCAGUCACUUCUCCAGUCACGGUGUCACUUAUUAUAAAGGUCGUCCUUGCCUUGUUUCUCGCCUUUGCGUCUGCCAUAUUUUCGGUAUUAGUAGUCGGAGCGUUCUUCUGGUCAUGGUCGGCCGGCGGACCCAUCGAGGUUGAGGGCUGGCUGUUCUACGGCUCCAAGAGCCACAGACUACCUCAUGUCACGAUCCCCAUCCCUCCGAAGCGUCUUAUAGAAGACUUGAGAUAUGAUGUGCAAGUGGAAAUGGAGCUUGUCAGACCCACGAAUGGGGCGGAUGAAACAGACAACUUUAUGCUCUCCUUGGAGCUACGAGGUGCUGCAGACCCAAGCCUCGUCCUGUUCAGCGCAGCCCAGCCUUCUCUAGCACCUGGCCCUCUCGCCACCUCGCUCCUCCCUCUCCCAGCGUUCCCUACGCAUCUCGCACCACCAUGUGUUAUCCCCUGGCCCUUCCGCUCGUUCUGCCCGUCUCGCCUGAUCGGCUACGGCGACACUGUCGAUAAAAAGACCCGCCAAAGGAGGCUCAAAGCUGGCUUUGUCGGCUCUGCCCGAGCUCGCAAUGUCGUUUCGCUCAAUAAAAAUUUGAUGGAAGGUGUCGUCUUGAAACCGAAUGGACCUCAUGGUCCUGGAGUGGGAUCGGCUUUUGUCAGUAUAGGUCGGGAGGAUGCUUUUGCAGAUGGCACGGGUAGUCUUCGGGGCAGGGAGAUCAAGACGACGGGGUGGAUCAUCGUGCGGCUGAUACCUCGCCCUGCUGGUAUCAGAUGGUUGAUCACGACCUAUCCCCUACCCCCUUUGAUACUUCUGCCUCCCAUCUCUCUGGCCCUGACUUUGACUUCUUCCUUGGGCGCAUGUGUAAUGAUUUCCUUCUUCCGUCGGCCCAAACGCCAUGUCAAGACCCGCGCAAAGCCCAGUCGGAGACCACUGGAAGAAAAGGGUUCCCCGGGUGAGCGAGAUAUCCAAAGGCUUGUGGAGGACGGAAAGGAAAAGAAGAAGCAGGGCGAGGCGGAGAGGAAGCAAUGGGAUGAGCUCGAACGAAGGAAGCUGCUUGAUGAGCCGGAGACGGCAACGGGUACAGAGAGUGUCACUUCCUCGUCUUUCGUGGCAUCAGAGACGGAGACAGCGACAGUAAUUGAUCUGACCCAAUCAGAUGAUGAAGUCCGAGAUGAUAGCUCAAGUCGAACAGCGACUGAAGGGGAGAGUGAAAUAUGA